AUGGCAUCCCAAUCAGUUGACAAUACCGCCUCUGGAGAGCCAAGCAAGCUCAAUGGCCAAUUUCACUCUGUGAAGGGCACCGUCGUUGAGGCUAUCGGAAACGCUACCGGCGCAACGUCCUGGCAGCAAUCCGGCAAAGAGGAGCAUGCUGCCGGCGAAGCUGAAUACAACGCCGCCCAAGCUAAAGCCUACGUUGAGGGCACAGCAGACCGCAUUGCUGGAAAGAAAGACGCGGUUGUCGGUGCUAUUACCGGUGAUAGAACACAGGAGAUUUCAGGAAAUGUACAACAUGACAAAGGUCAAGCUCAACAAGAAGCAAAUAAAUUUUAA